GAAUCCAAAGAGAAAUGUAUGUAUGUAUGCAUGCAUAUUUUGUAUGCAUAUAGCUCUCUCUAAAACCCAUUAUUGUCUAUUUGUUUUCAAACCCUCCCGCGAAGCCAGUUCUAGCAUUGUCUAGAUGCCCAAGCAAAAUUGAGAGUGAAUUCCAAUUUUCUAUGGAAGGAGAGGGCUUUCGCGCGCACACAAUUAUAUACUCGAUCCAACUAAAUCGAUUCGUUUAGUUGGAUCAUCAACUGAGUGAUUCAGUUCCCGGUAGAUCUGGUUUUUUAGUGGCUAUUUUUUUAAUUUAAUUGGUUUUGAGUUAAUUUGAUUGCGUUUAAUGGAAGACGGUAAUCAGCCGAGCCUCGAUCGCUUCGCUCCCAUUCAAUCUACUGGUGGCCGAGCUGUUGAGAAACAUAAUUUGCCUGAACAGCAUCCCUCGCCAAAAGGUGAAAGAAUUGUCUCUACAAAUCCUUCUCCAGAUACUGCAAUUUCAGGUGCCUCAAGAACCAUAAAAGAUCAGCCAGCAACUUCAGAACCAAGUGGAACUCUUACCGCAGUGCAUCCAUUCAAUGCGUAUACCCCUCAAGAACAAGGUUACUAUUUUGGAGGUUAUGAUAAUGGCAGUGGUAACUGGGAUGACCAUUCUAACUAUGUUAAUGCCAACAACUUGCAUGUCAUACCUCCAGGAAUGUACAAUGAUAACUCUUCACUCUUCUUCCCACCAAGCUAUGGCUUUGACUCCCAGAUGGCAUAUGGACAGUUUUCCCCACUUGCUAGCCCAAUGUCUUCAAUAAUGAUUGAUGGUCAGCUGUUUUCUCCACACCAAAUGCCUGUGACUCCCCCUUACUAUCCGCCAGCAGUUUCACCUGGCCCACCUCAUGUUACUUCGGGACUUCCAGCUUCACAGACUGAAUUGAUGCCAUCAGGAAAUGGCAGCCAAGAAAACCUUAUUGACAAUGCAUUUUUUGGGCCAGGGUCAGGUUACUAUCUACCAUUUGGUUCUUUUGGUGGUGGAGAUCUGUCUGGGAAUAGUGGUCAUGGUCUUUACAAUUUCCCUGGCGAGUUUGCUUCUAACGAACCAAUGCCAAGCCGUUCGAGUUCUUUAGAUACUAGCAGGUUCAUGUCUCCAUUAACUUCUGGAAAUGUGUAUCCUCAGCUGGGGAUAACAGUAAGCUCCUCAGCUGGGCAUUUUCCCCAUAGUGGUUCUUACCAGAGCACUCUUGGGCCUAAUUCCAACCGGGCUCGAUUUACGAGUGACAGAGGUGGAAGACGUGAAAGGGAUAGAGAUACUGUCAAUAUCUGUACAGAUACACUUGGCAUUUCUGGCGAUCGGAACCGAGGACCUAGGGCUUUGAAGCCCACAAGCAAGAUUUCCCCAGAAGAAGGAUCUACUGAUAGCAGUAAAGAUGUUGAAUCUACUUCUAGAUUUCAUGUCCAACAUUUUAACUCCCCAGAUUUCAUAACCGAUUAUGAACAUGCAAAAUUCUUUGUCAUCAAGUCAUUCAGCGAAGACAAUAUCCAUAAAAGUAUUAAAUACAAUGUUUGGGCCAGCACACCACUUGGAAACCGAAAAUUGGAUGCUGCGUAUAAUGAAGCAAAAGAAAUGGAGGGCAUUUGUCCGAUCUUUCUCUUUUUUUCUGUCAAUGCCAGUGGACAGUUUUGUGGGGUAGCUGAGAUGGUUGGAUCUGUUGACUUUGAGACCAAUGCUGAUUACUGGCAGCAGGAUCGGUGGAGUGGUCAGUUUCCUGUUAAAUGGCAUAUUAUCAAAGAUGUACCCAACAGUCGCUUCCGUCACAUACUUCUUGAAAAUAAUGACAACAAGCCUGUUACUCACAGUCGAGACUCACAAGAGGUGAAACUAGAACAAGGAAUUGAAAUGUUAAUGAUCUUCAAGAACCAUGAUGCUGACACCUCUCUUCUUGAUGAUUUUAACUUCUAUGAUGAGCGAGAGAAAGCCUUGCUGGACAGGAAGGCAAAACAGCGAGCUACUCCUACUGGAAAUACGACGGACACUCUUGCUACUGAUUCGAUAAAUCAGUUGUCAGAUAACUUGGCUGACGCUCUCCAGUUAGAGGGUGUUCAAAGUCUCUCAAACAAAGAUGUGGAGUAACUCCAAUGUUGGAACGCCAGCAGGCCGCAACUGCUUGAUUAGUUCAGAAUUGGCAUUGGAGUUGCUGACUGGGACCGUGGAGGAGACAUUUAAUUCGUUCCAUGCUUGCCAUAAUCGGCUGCUCUGCAUAAUCUCUGCCCCUUUAGCAUUGUCUCAUUUUCUGUGUGUGUGAGUACGUGGCUGUUAUUUAUUUUUCUUAGGUAAGAAAGGAGGCUGAAUCUGGAUAGACCUCGUACUUGUUUGUCACCCCCUCUUUAGAUUUUGUUCAUUUGUUGCCUAAUUAUUUCUUGUUAAGAUUGUAGUUUUAGGCAUGGGAGGAAUUAGAGGCCUCACAUGCCUGGUAUUUUCUGCCCUUUUUUCCUUCUCUCUUACCUUUUCUGGUUCCAAGUGGGGCAAUUAUUUAAGCUGCUAUUAAUUAAAGGAAUGCAGCUAAGAUUAUUACAUCAAUUGAAUGAAUAGUUGCCCUUUGUUAAAUAACCAAGAUUUCAAACGACAGCUUGAAAUUUAUCUGUGUUGCUGUGUUAUAUUCAUUGAUCCUUAAACUUGCUAUA